UAGCGAGCUGCUGCCGCAGCCCAGCCACACCCAUAAAUAUCCAAGGGGCUAGGAUCACAAAUUCACAAUUCCACACCACUUGGGGCCUCGGCUCACUCGAACAGCGCGCGCGAGCAGAACAGAGCUAGCCAUGGACAUCGCCGUCACCAGCAGCACGCUUCUCCUCUUCCUCCUCGCCUUCGUCUCCACCUCCGGCGCCUCGCCUCCAUCGUCCCCAUCGCUCCGGUUCCAGUACAUCAACCCUCGCAACUUCACCGCCGCCGCCGCCCCGUCAGUCCCGUCAUCCACAACCCGCCGCCCUUCGCUGCAGCUCCUCCACCGGGACACCGUCUCCGGCACGAAGCACCCGUCCCGCCGCCACGCCGUGCUCGCCCUCGCCUCCCGCGACACCGCGCGCGUCGCCUACCUCCAGCGCCGCCUCUCCCCAUCCCCAUCCCCUUCUUCCACAUCAUCGGUGGAGUCCGGGGGCACGAUCGUCAGCCACGGGUCCGGCGAGUACCUGGUCCGCGUCGGGAUCGGGUCCCCGCCAUUGGAGCAGCACCUGGUGGCGGACACCGGGAGCGACGUCAUCUGGGUCCAGUGCUCCCCCUGCUCCGACUGCUACGCGCAAGGCGACCCGCUCUUCGACCCGGCCAAUUCCGCCUCCUUCUCCCCCGUCCCCUGCAACUCCGGCGUCUGCAGGGCCGCCGCUCGCUACUCCUCCUCCAGCUGCGGCGGCGGCGGCGGCGAGUGCGAGUAUAAAGUCUCCUACGGCGACAAGUCCUACACGAACGGCGUCCUGGCGUUAGAGACGCUCACGCUGGACGGGGGCACGGAAGUGCAAGGGGUGGCGAUGGGCUGCGGGCACGAGAACCGCGGCCUGUUCGCGGAGGCGGCCGGGCUCUUGGGCCUCGGCUGGGGGCCCAUGUCGCUCGUGGGCCAGCUCGGCGGCGCCGCCGGCGGGGCCUUCAGCUACUGCCUGGCCGGAUAUUAUUCCGGCGAAGGCUCCGGUUCCGGGUCGCUCGUGCUGGGCCGGGAAGACGCGGCGCCGACGGGGGCCGUGUGGGUCCCGCUGGUCAGGAACCCCGACGCGCCGAGCUUCUACUACGUCGGCGUCAAUGGCCUCGGCGUCGCCGGAGAGCGGCUGCAGCUCCAGGACGGGCUGUUCGACCUCGGCGACGACGGCGGCGGCGGCGUCGUCAUGGACACCGGCACCGCCGUCACGCGUCUCCCCGCCGAGGCCUACGCCGCGCUGCGCGGCGCCUUCGCCGGCGCUUUUGAAGAGGGCGCCCCGCGGGCCCCUGGAGUGUCGCUGUUCGACACGUGUUAUGAUCUGAGUGGGUAUGCUAGCGUCAGGGUGCCCACCGUGGCGCUUUACUUUGGUGGCGGCGGACAGGGCCAGGAAGCGGCGUCGCUGACAUUGCCGGCGAGGAACCUGCUGGUGCCGGUGGACGACGGCGGCACGUACUGCCUGGCGUUCGCGGCGGUGGCGUCCGGGCCGUCCAUCCUCGGGAACAUACAGCAGCAAGGGAUCGAGAUUACUGUGGAUUCUGCCAGUGGCUACGUGGGAUUCGGACCCGCUACGUGCUGACGCGCUGACGCCUAAGAAUACAUAUUGUAUGUGUAUAGAAGUAUAGAGCUAUACAGGGUCUGUUUGGAAUGCAGCCGGUGCUUGCCCGACCAAUAUUUCGGUCGUUGACUACUAUCACGGCAACCGUUUGGAUUGGAGCCA